UGGGUUUUCCAUACGAACGCUCGAUAAAGCUUGAAUAUUUUUGGUAUAUAUGCAGUCACUUAUGCCAAUGACAACAGACUUUGAAUAACACUUGUUUAUCGCGAAUCAUGUACUGCACAAUAUUUUUUGUUAUUGUGUGUUUGUUUAUCAACGCAGCCGUUGCCAGUCGUGAGAUUGUAGUAACCACCAAUCAAGGAAGAAUAAGAGGAUCUGUGGAAUAUUCUUAUAAUGGUACAAAAUACUACGCGUUUCACACCAUAAGGUACGCUAAGGCUCCAGUGGGCGACCUGAGAUUUCAAGCCCCACAACCCGCAGAUCCAUGGACCAAUACUUUCAACGCCACGGUCCCCAAUGGUGCCAUAUGUUAUCAAGUAAGUUUUGAUCUGCCCAACGAAACCGAAGAUUGUCUGUUUUUGAGCGUCUAUUCCCCAAAUAUCUGGGCGGAUGAACUAUUGCCUGUGAUAUUUCAUAUUCACGGUGGAGGGUUUUACUUUGGUUGGGCUGACAUUUACAGACCGGGCUACUUCAUGGACUCGGCUAAAGUUGUUGUGGUCAAUGUGAAUUAUAGAUUGGGACCUUUCGGUUUCUUUUCGACUGGAGAUGGCAUAAUUCCAGGAAAUGCUGGUUUGAAGGAUCAGUUACUCGCUCUGCAGUGGACUCAAAAAAAUAUUGCUUCAUUUGGUGGUGACCCCAAUAAAGUUACUUUGAUGGGGGAAAGUGCUGGAGCUAACUCCGUUGACUAUCAUAUCUUAAGUUCAAGAUCGGCAGGUUUAUUUAGAGCUGCUGUGCUUUUGAGUGGGACUGCUAUAAAUUCAUUGCCAUGUUUGAGAGAUCAAACGAGCAUUACCUACGACACGGCCAAGUUAAUUGGGAACGCCGAAUUUCAGAACAUUAAAAAUUCUAGUCAAUUGCUAUCAAAGUUGCAGAAGGUCAGCGCGAGACAGAUCGAUAUGGCCUCCAAAGCUUAUAAAGAUUCGUUUGAUCAAAAUAGGAUUGUUAAGCUAGCAGAACUACAAGUUGCUUAUUAUGCCCCUGUGAUUGAAAAGCACAACAACGAACCAUUCGUCACGCGGUGUCCGUACGAGAGUUUUCACAAUGGAAACUAUAACAAGGUGCCAGUAUUUUUAGGUACUGUUAAUGAAGAAGGAUUGAUUGUUAUGCUCGAUAACUAUCUCUGGAUGCUUGACGAAUUCGACAAAAACAUUUCUCUACUAGUGCCUGCGGCAAUGGGCGUAAAAAAUCCAAAUGCAUUGCAAACGAUAGGUCAACUAAUCAAGCAGGAAUAUUCCCCAACCAGCAGGUUUCAAAACAACCACCUCGGUGCCGUUAGGUUUUAUAGCGAUGUAGGCUUUCAUAUGCCCAUUAUGACUCGAGCGUUCACGGGAGCCCUUAAAACCCCUGUUUACAUUUAUGUGUUUACGUACGAGGGUCAAAAAGAAUCAUUUCAUGUAACAGUUCCAGGUGCAGGAAAUGUAAUGCACAGUGAGGACUUUGGUUACCCUUGGCAAUUUGACAAUUCGGCAAAUUUUACAAACCAGGAUAAAUUAAUGAAAGAUAGAAUGAUCACACUAUUAACUAAUUUUGUCACCUACUUAGAUCCUACGCCAAAUCGGAACAAUCUUCUCCAGAAUAUAAAAUGGCCAACCGUUGGGAGCAACAAUUUCCGGUACUUGGAUCUUGGAGCAAAUCUCUCCGUUAAAAAGAAUUUUAAAAUGGAGAACUACCAAUUUUGGAAAAACUUAUUUAAGUUGUAUAAAACGGACAGAUAUUGAACUUGACGUACUAUCUACUUUCACUAUCUACCAAUGAAGUGCAUUGUAAUAAAAAUCCGGAAUAAACAGUAUAUAAUUUAAA